AUGAACCAACAACCAUCCUCAAGUCGUUCAAAAGACAAAGAUGGCGGGUUGUUGAAACGUUCACUUAACUCUUUAUUCUCUCUCAUGGGUCUCCAACUUGUUUCUCGUCUAUUGACUUUUGUUCUGAAUCAGGCACUGGUUCGAUUAGCUUCCCCGCAAGCAUAUGGGACUGCCGCAAUCCAAUUUGAAUUUAUCUUAAGCACCAUACUGUUUCUCAGCCGGGAAGGUGUCAGGAAUGCGCUGCUCAGAGCAUGGCCGCGGAAUACCACCAUCCAUACCCAAGGGUCAACUUUAAACAAGGAUGACCACGCACCUGCUUUGACAAAUCUAUCUACAUUGCCGAUCAUCCUAGGACUUCCAGUGUCUCUAGCUAUGGCACUUGCAUAUGCUACUCUUGCCAGCGAUGAUGCUCGUCGUCAACCGCAUUUUCACGUGGCGUUGUCGACAUAUGUGUUUGCCGCGCUAAGCGAGCUCUUCAGCGAACCCAUGCAUAAUCGGGCCAUGGGCGAAGUUCGCACUGGAGCUAGAGUAAGAGCUGAAGGUCUCGGGAUAACGUGCAAGACUAUUGUCACUUAUCUUAUCCUCCUUUAUGACUCGACUAGACCAGAUUCCGGGGAAUUCGCGCUCGUGGCUUUUGCCCUGGGCCAACUUACAUACAGUAAUGUGGUGUUUUUCAGUUACGCAUAUCAGAUGGGGUAUCCUACCUUCUGGCCCAUUCGUCUUGCUACACGACAAUCAUCCAAAGCGAGUGUUUCCAGAUCAACAUUCUAUCGUAUUGCCUCACAAUACUUUGACGUUAGUAGUCUGCAUAUGUCUCUGACCAUGACUAUGCAAUCCAUCGUCAAACAUAUUUUGACAGAAGGAGAUAAGAUCAUAUUGUCUUGGUGGAGCCCUUUGGAUGAUCAAGGAGGGUACGCGAUUGCCGUGAACUAUGGUUCUCUAGUUGCGCGAAUAGUUUUUCAACCUCUGGAAGAAAUAUGUAGAGUUUACUUCUCAAGAAUCCUGUGCUCCCCGGCUGAGACAAAGUCGACCUCGACUGGUGCACAAUUUGACAGACGUUCACUAGCUCAAGCCUCAGAGAUCUUGCUAUCACUGGUCUCCAUCCAACUAGCUUGUUCCGUCCUCGUCCUCGUAUUUGCCACCGUCUAUCUUCCGAUCGUUCUGCACCUAUUGCUCCCAUCUCAGUACUUAUCAACGUGCGCCCCAAAAGUUCUUGCAGCUUGGAUAUGGUACAUUCCUGUCCUGGCCAUCAAUGGUGUACUUGAAGCUUUCUUUUCGAGCAUCGCAACUUCUCAAGAUCUUCGAAGACAAAGCCGAUGGCUCAUUGGCUUUUCCAUUGUAUUCAUUGUUUCUGCGGUCGGAUUUUACGCCUCGGGCUUCGGUGAUGUCUCUCUGGUAUACGCAAACAUAAUCAACCUAGCAGCCCGGAUAAUCUAUGCCGCACAAUACGCUUCGACUUUCUUUAAGAGAAAUAAAAUUACUCACGGAUGGCACGCCUCGACGCCAACAUGGCAAUUUCUUCUAGUUGCCAUGUUAUCUUACCUGGCGAUCUCCAUGACCAACAUACACCAUCAGGCUGACAUUCUACUUCAAACAAAAGGCCGCGGAGCAAUACUUUCCGUAAUCGUCGUGUCUCAUUUAGCGCAGGGGGCCGGGAUGGGAUUAUGUUGUAUCGCAACGUGGUGGUUAACGUCUGGCAGAUACCUGGUGAGACGGGCACCCGUGAAAACUGAUUGA